CCCAAUCCCACCUCGUUUUAGCUAGAUUGGCGUUUUCUUGGGUUUGCUUACUCAUAUUGAUUCUGAUCUUUAACCAGUUGAAACGCCUGAGUGCAUAUCUUCGUGGAAAGCAGAACAAACAUAGCUGGAUAAAGAAAAUGCAUAGAGGUAAGUAAACGGGUAACUAAGAGUAAUAGGGGAUCAGGUUUGGAGCAGAUAAAUGGAGAAUGUGGAGAAGAGGUUAAUCCAACUAUUUACAACGUAUCUGAACAAGGCAAAACAUCACAUGCAGGGAGGGAGUGACAUGCCAAAUGAACUUGUCAUUGGUCUUCAUUGCCGUGGAGAAUUUGAAAGCCACCGGUCUUGGAUGCAGCCACGAGUUCAAAGAGGCUUGGAGGAAAGGAUGCUAUUUUCAAGUCACAAGAGGGCUCAGAUAUAUAAAGAAGCUGCUACAUCAUCUUUGGUUGCUGCUAGUUCCGCACCUGGAGAAGUUAGAGAAGGGUAAUGAGUACACAAGAAUCAAAAAGAAACUUUCUAAACCGGAUUAAUUAACUAGGAGAAAAAACUAAUUGAUGCAUAUUCGUAAGAAGGCUGGAAAGCCUAGAAAAUAGAAAGAGCUUGAACGAGCCACAGAAUUUUGAAGGUUAAAAUUA